CCAAACCCUUUCUUUUCCUUCUCUCUUCUCAAUUUCACAGAUAAACUUUCAGUUCUCUCUCUCUGUCUCUGUCUCUGUCUCUGUCUUUGUAUUCUGUUUCUCUCUCUAGAAAGGUUGAGGAGCGGUCUUCAUUAAUGGCGGAUUGGGGUCCGGUGAUGAUAGCAGUGGUUCUGUUCGUGCUGUUGAGCCCGGGACUGUUGUUUCAGAUUCCGGCGAAAGGCAGACUUGUGGAGUUCGGGAACAUGCAGACGAGUGGCGCCUCCAUAUUCGUCCACUCCAUUAUCUUCUUUGGUCUUCUCACUAUCUUUCUAAUCGCCAUUGAUGUUCACAUCUAUACUGGCUAAUGCUUAUACUAGGUCAACGAUUCCAAAUCUCAAGUCUUUUGUUAUUUCUAUUUUGUUCUUUUUUCUACAUAUUAAAGUUAAACUCUGAUCUUGUUAAAUGAACGAUUUCACUGUUUAUGGAUUUAACUAUAUUAUUAUUAUUAUUUUAAUGAA